CGCCGGAAGAAGCGACAAACUCGUCAGAACCGACCCAAUAUUGCCAGAGGGGCGGGGAAGACGACAACGACGACGAGGAGGGGAGGAGGCGGAGCAGGAGGAACAGGAGGACACACCUGCACCGCGACUCGCUGUCCCCCGCCGCCGCCACCGCCUCCUUUCGCCUUUCCCCUUGGCCCCUCAUUCCUCCCUCUGACCGCCGCUGCCUCGUAAGAUGGCUGACCCCGACAGCGACGGAGAGGUGGCGGAGGGCGCGCGCGGCUUCGCUCGCCAGGGCGCCCUUCGGCAGAAGAACGUGCACGAAGUGAAGAACCACAAGUUCAUCGCACGCUUCUUCAAGCAGCCCACCUUCUGCAGCCACUGCACCGACUUCAUCUGGGGAUUUGGUAAGCAGGGAUUCCAGUGCCAAGUGUGCUGCUUUGUGGUCCACAAACGCUGUCAUGAAUUUGUCACCUUUUCCUGUCCUGGCGCCGACAAGGGGCCCGCCUCCGACCAGGAUCCUCGUAGUAAACACAAAUUUAAGGUGCACACGUACUCCAGCCCAACCUUUUGUGACCACUGUGGCUCACUCCUCUACGGGCUGAUACACCAGGGCAUGAAAUGUGACCACUGUAUGAUGAACAUCCAUAAGCGCUGUGUGGCCAACGUGCCUAGCCUGUGUGGGACUGAUCACACUGAGAGGAGAGGGCGCGUCCACAUCUCAGCUCGCAUCAUUGAGGACACCCUCACCGUCACCAUUAAAGAGGCAAAGAACUUGGUCCCCAUGGACCCUAAUGGCUUGUCAGACCCCUAUGUGAAGCUCAAGCUGAUCCCUGAUCCAAAAAGUGAGAGCAAGCAGAAGACCAAGACCAUUAAAUGCUGCCUAAACCCCACCUGGAAUGAGACGUUCACUUUCAACCUUAAAGAAAGUGACAAGGACCGCCGUCUGUCUGUGGAGAUCUGGGAUUGGGAUUUGACUAGUAGGAAUGACUUCAUGGGAUCGCUAUCCUUCGGGAUCUCAGAGCUGCAGAAACAAGGGAUAGACGGAUGGUUCAAGCUUCUGUCCCAGGAGGAAGGAGAGUAUUUUAACGUUCCCGUCCAACCUGAUGGUGAAGAUGGCAAUGAGGAGCUAAGACAAAAGUUUGAAAGGGCAAAGGUGGGCCCAGGGAAGCCGUCAGACCCCUCUUCCUCUUCCUCUGUCAGCAAGUACGACAGCAAUGGCAACCAGGACCGUAUCAAGCUCUCAGACUUCAACUUCAUCAUGGUUCUGGGAAAGGGCAGCUUUGGCAAGGUGAUGCUGGCUGAGAGGAAAGGUACAGAUGAGUUGUACGCUGUAAAAAUCCUGAAAAAGGAUGUGGUGAUACAGGACGAUGACGUGGAGUGCACCAUGGUGGAGAAAAGGGUCCUGGCUCUUGCUGGGAAGCCACCUUUCCUCACACAGCUGCAUUCCUGCUUCCAGACCAUGGACCGAUUGUACUUUGUGAUGGAGUAUAUUAACGGAGGGGACCUCAUGUACCAAAUCCAACAAGUUGGGAAGUUUAAGGAGCCACAUGCUGUCUUCUAUGCUGCUGAGAUCGCCACUGGACUCUUUUUCCUCCACACCAAAGGGAUUGUGUAUCGGGAUUUGAAGUUGGAUAAUGUGAUGCUGGACUGCGAAGGCCACAUAAAGAUCGCCGACUUUGGUAUGUGCAAAGAGAACAUGUAUGACGGCAUUACGACAAAGACAUUUUGUGGAACACCAGACUACAUCGCCCCCGAGAUCAUAGCCUACCAGCCUUAUGGGAAAUCCGUAGACUGGUGGGCCUUUGGAGUGUUACUGUAUGAAAUGCUUGCUGGGCAGCCGCCUUUUGAUGGGGAGGAUGAAGACGAAUUGUUCCAGUCGAUCAUGGAGCAUCAUGUCUCGUACCCAAAAUCCAUGUCCAAAGAAGCCGUCGCAAUCUGCAAGGGGCUGAUGACCAAGCACCCAGGCAAACGUCUAGGCUGUGGUCCUGAGGGUGAAAGGGACAUCAAGGAGCAUGCUUUCUUCCGCUACAUUGACUGGGAAAAACUGGAGAAUAAAGAGGUUCAGCCGCCUUUCAAACCUAAAUCUUGUGGGCGUGACGCGGAGAACUUUGACCGCUUUUUCACACGUCACCCCCCAGAGCUGACUCCCCCAGAUCAGGAGCUUAUAGCCAACUUGGACCAGGACGAAUUCCAAGGCUUCUCAUUUCUUAACCCUGAGUACCCUCACUCUAUCCACUGACCAUGCCACAUACAUGGAUACAUAUAAUCACUGCAAUAGUGAGCCUCCCGCAUCAGACAAAUGUGAGAAAGUCACCAUUAUGUGCAUAUCCAGGCUGCCAAUUUGACACUUUUGGGAAAUGAGAGUUGUUAGCAGGGAAUCUGCUAAACUUUUAACAUGCAGAUGGAAAUCGAGGCAGUCUGACGAAAUAAUCCUAAUGUCAAGUAUCGAGCCACCACUAUGUUGUUGUGGUAGCCUCCCUCUACUGGCUUUAUUUCUAUCAUCAGUGCAGGUGUUGCUCACUUCCUGAAUGCAGCAGCGCUUUAAACAAUUGCAGGUCUGCCUCCCCGUUUAAAUGUCAUUUUUAUGGGAUAUCAGUGAUAUUGACAUGUGUACUUUGACAUUGGUAAUACAACACAUUGGUAAUAGUUAUACAAAUGUCUGCAGUUCGUUAACUAAUCAGAGGGUAAAAGUCUACACAGUACUCAAUGAUCAUGCCCAUCCUUAGUGUACAUAGGGAUGGGCGUGAUUAUCGAUUAAUCGCUCACAACCAGAAGUAAUUUGGCCAAAAUGGAGUGCGUUACUUGGCUGCAACCAGCAGAGGCGCUGUUGAUCCAACUAGUUUGUGACCUGAAGAAAAGUCAGCUAUGAGCUACAUCCACACAGACCUCCGCUAUGGUUAACAUCAUACGGCUCAACACGGUAUUAGCAUGGUAACAGCAGUCUAAACAUUCCCAGAGAGAAAAUAGUUUUUAAUAAAAAUCCUCUUCAUCAAUACAUGCUGAUGUUCCCCAUAGUUGAUAGUUAAAUGUCCAUCCCUGUGCUAUACUGUGUGUGGCAGCUCAGUGGCUUUUGAUUGUCGCAGAAUUCAAUUCAGCUUUUAUUUUAAUGACAGUAACCCUAAGGUACAAGUAAACAAUGUAAUCAGAUCCAGUAUGAGAGCUGUAUAACAGUUAUCUCCAGAGAAGUAUUCAUUUUUUGAAUGUGGUUUGCACAGCAUCACUUAUGCAAUGGGUGGGAUAACUGUCUGUGCAAACACAGUAUUUCUUACAGCUCUUGUAUUAGCUCUCGUUAGGUUGUCAAAGUGCCAAAGUACAGUAUGGCUGAGAAUCACCAGGUUGCAGUCAAACGGUGUGCGCCAAUUUACACUUAAAGGCAUCAUCAAUCAACAACACAAUAACCUUUUAAAAGUGGAUUUUCUUAUGUCAAGUGACAUGUCCGAGAAGAUGUGUGUGCAUUGUGAGCCAGGUGCGUAACAAAUGUGUCAAACGGACAUCUCUAAGCUUAUCCGAAGGGGAGGCGGCGCUGCUGUUGUCACAGUGUUGCUCACACACAAGAGACAAAUGAAGACAGGCACGCGCUUAACGACAGUGAACAAUAAACUAAGUACAAAGCAGGAAAUAUGUGAACAUUUUUAGAUGACUAUAUCAAAUGUAAUUGUUGUGGAUUAAAGAAAGAAAGAAGCUUCUAUGGAUUGUGUAAUUGUUCUGUAUGACUGGAAAUGAUAAUAUACUCACUGGUGCCUACCAGGCCAAUUCUGCUGUGUCUGCCUUCGUCUGUUCUUACUGAGCUCCAAAAACUUUUGAAGUCAUUGAUGUGUUUUGAGCUAAAGGAGUGCAAGUAAUUAUCCUGAAAAAAAAGUUUAAUUCCGAAAACCAGUAGUUUUGCUAGAGGCUAGGCUUUGAAUUGAAACGCUAAACCAAGCUACCCUAGGCUGAAAAUACAUGCAGUGGUACCUCGUUUUUUGUUAUUAAUGCAUUCCAAGAGGUCCGUCAGAAACUGAAUACAUUUGUCCCAUAAGAAAUAAUGUAAAUUCAAUGAAUCUGUUACAGAUAUGUUUAUUGAAGACUCUUAUUUGCACAUGUGUUUUGUUUGCUUUGAGUUAUUUCUCACUUGAGGUACCUCUGUAUUUAGCCCCCUAGUGGCUACAUAAAACAGGACCGUGUUAUUGUUGCACUGAUGGAAUUAAUGUGUAUUUCAUAUUAUUAUUAUUAUAUUAUAUUAUAUAUAUACAAUAAAUAUUACCACACAGGCCAGUGAGAGCAUACAAAGACACCAUCUCUGAAUUGGUAGCCAGGUGCAUCGUCCACAUCAGCCAAACAACACUGCACCUCAGAUAGUCGCCUCCUUUGAUACAUGACUAAUUGCCUUUACUGUGAUUGAUUGCCGUUUGACUGAUGAUCACACUUGUGAGCCUUGAAAAUUCACCAUACUCCGUCAAGUGUUUCUUCUUAAAAUGCCAUAUUAAAUUAAAGCUUUUUAACAUGCUACCUGCGCAAGAUCGCUUUUGUGGCAUGUAAGUGUCACACGGCAGACGUGAUUGUUUUUAUUUUGGCACGCCUGCGCACUGUGAAGGAAAGUGGGAGGAGAAUGCUGCCUAAGACGUUAGGGCAAGACCCUAUCAUCUAAACCAGGGGUGUCCAAACUUUUUCCAUCGAGGGCCACAUACUGAAAAAUGAUGAAAAAUGAAAAGGUCAUUGUAUUCUCAGGGCAUUCAAUCGAUCGUAACUGGACUGUUAAGGUUGCCUUCGAAGGCGUUUCGCCUCUCAUCCGAGCAGCUUCAUCAGUUCAUGCUAAAAGACUAGGUGGGACACACACCAGUCAGACUAGGUAGGACAAAGCUAUCCCACUGCGUCUUAACUUUGUGAUAUAGGUGAAAAAGUGUAUUAGUAUGAACUUUGCUCUUCUUUUCCCAUUUUUGCUGUUUUUUUUUUUAAUUUUCCAAAUAUUUCAACAUACAUUUUGUUUUUGUAAUAUUAUGACUUCAUUCCCAUAUUUUUACUUUAUUCCCAGAACAUAACUUUUUCUCCAACAUAAUUUUUAAAAAAUACACCUUUUUGUUAUAUCGCGACUCCAAAAAAAAAAGUUAAUUCUUUUUUUUCUCCAAAAAUUACAACGUCAUUCGUUGUU